AAACCACUUCCAAAAAAAAAAAAAAAAACAGAGAGAGAGCGUAGAGAGAGAGACAGCGGUCGUACUACGCCGCCGUGCCUUUUCUCCUCUUCCUCAUCCCCCUGCGCAUCUGCCAAACCUCGUCUCCUUCCCUCCGAUUCCCACCCGGCCCCGGCGAGAUCAGAUGCCGGCGAGACGCUGAUCGCGGAAGUGGACCCAUAGGAGCUGGGGGCGAUGCGGGCGAGCCGGCCGACGGUGCACCCGGUGGAGGCGCCGCCGCCGGCGCCGGCGCAAGGGCAAGGGGAGGGGGAGGGCGUCGCGCACCCGCGCGGGUUAAGGAUGAAGGACCCGCCGGGGGCGCCGGGGACGCCCGCAGGGUUGGGUUUGCGCCUCGCGCAGGCCUUCUUCGCCGCCGCCGCGCUCGCCGUCAUGGCGUCCACCAACGACUUUCCCUCUGUCUCCGCUUUCAGCUACCUUGUUGCGGCAGCCAUUUUGCAAUGUUUGUGGAGCCUUUCGCUAGCCUUUGUGGAUAUUUAUGCACUUCUUGUCAAACGUUCGUUGAGGAAUGCCCGGGCUGUAUGUAUAUUUACUAUUGGAGAUGGGAUCACAGGAACACUGACCUUGGGUGCGGCAUGUGCGUCAGCUGGUAUCACCGUUCUUAUUGGUAAUGAUCUUAACAUAUGUGCAGAGAAUCACUGUGCAAGCUUUGAAACUGCCACCGCGAUGGCCUUCAUUAGUUGGUUUGCACUCGCGCCAUCUUAUGUCUUGAAUUUCUGGUCAAUGGCCUCCAGAUGAGAAUAUAGGAGGUACAGAACAUAUUUUCUUAUUGUCCCUGUAUCAGAUCGCGGUUUGUGAGAGCUGUGAUGCAGUGUGGUAUAACUAAUUGUAAUACACAACUAGAAAUUGAUGAAUGUCUGCUGAAUGUAGCAUAUGAUCGAAUUGUCUGUACAAAAUAGGGAAUAUUUCUUUCUUUUUUUCGAAUUGAAAAGGGUUGUUCUGAAGCU